AUGGAGCACGCCAUGGAUCUGAAGACCGUCCGCGCGUACUUGCAGGAGGCCAUCGGGCUGCGGGACAAGUACGUGCCCAGCAAGUUCGCAGUCACCAAGGACUCGGACCAGGCACCGUUCCCUGAACUCCGGUACGAGUUCAGGGACGGCAUCGUAAGCGUGUUCAGGGCCUCUGACGGCGUGCUCUUCAGUCCCGUGUUGCCUGGCGUCAAGGAGUAUUACGAGGACAUGUCUCGUUUAUUCCACCUCCGGAAUGACGGUGCGGUGAACACAUUCUGCUACCACAGGCUCAAGAUCCUGCAAAUGAAGUACGAUGUCUACACCAUGGUGAAUUUUGACGUGGAGACGGAGCAGCAACACUCGACGCCACACCGCGACUUCUACAACGUCCGGAAGGUUGACACUCACGUCCAUCAUUCUGCCUCGAUGAACGGCAAGCACCUGCUGCGGUUCAUCAAGAGAAAACUGAAGAAGUUCGGCACUGAUGUGGUGCAGUAUGAGAACGGCGUGGGCGUCACACUCGAGCAGGUGUUUCAAAGAUCGGGCAUAACAUGGAUGGACCUGAGUCUGGAUCGGCUGAACGUAUUGUCGGACCGGACAAUCAUGCACAGAUUCGACAGGUUCAACAAUAAAUAUUCUCCGCUGGGUAACGCUGCGUUGCGGAACAUAUUCCUCAAAACAGACAAUGACAUGGGCGGCCGAUAUUUGGCAGAGAUCACAAAGGAGCUAAUGGCCGAUUUGGAAGAGAGCAAAUACCAGCACACAGAAUGGCGCCUUAGCAUUUACGGUCGCAAACGUGACGAGUGGAGCAUGCUUGCGAAGUGGGUGACUGGACAUAAGCUGAUCUGCGAUAACAACCGGUGGAUGAUCCAGAUCCCGCGACUGUACACCGUCUAUCCAGAGCAUAAGCAGAUAGGCUGUUUCCAGGACAUACUUGACAACAUCUUCAUACCGCUUUUCGAGGCCACUCUGCAUCCAGAGGAGCACCCCGAGCUGAACGAGUUCCUGAACAUCGUGAGCGGCUUCGAUACUGUCGACGACGAGUCGAAGAGCGAAGCGCCAAUCCAGCGGAACUUCUCCUCUAAGGAUCGCACCCCAGCGGGGUGGGACAUCUUGGACAACCCUUCUUACAAGGUCUGGGGCGGCGGGUUACAACUUCUACCUGCAGACCAACCUCAGGAUCCUCAACCACCUGCGAGCCUCGCGCGGGCUCUCGCAGUUCGACUACCGCCCGCACGCGGGGGAGGCUGGCGAGGUACACCACCUGGAUACCGCGUUUCUGCUGGCCGACAACAUCAACCAUGGGAUCAAUCUGAGAAGAUCCAUGGGGUUGCAGUAUCUCUUCUACCUCUGCCAGAUAGGCCUGGCCAUGUCUCCUGUUUCCAACAAUCAGCUGUUCUUGGCUUAUGA